AAUGAGUGUUCUGAUGGUCUAUUAGGAAUUGGACCGAAAUCAUAUUUCUUUUCGAUUAAAUGAUGAAUGGGAGGAUAGGAGUCUAUCUUCUCAUAUGGUUGAUGGAGCUAUGGAUCAAUUCCAAACCCUUAAUGAUAUUAAUUAAAUGGAGUCACUGAAUCAAUAGGUGGGAUCUUGGUGUAUUUACUUGGAGGGUCUGGUUAAUGUUCAUAAUGUGUAAAGCUAGGAUGUUCUGAAAUUUAAGGGAAAUGAUCUUUAUAGUUUAAAAGAGGAUCUUAGAAAUGAUUAUUAUUAUUAUAGGUUGAAUAGAUGUCACGAUUAAAAUUGAA